UGUUGUCGGAGGUAAACAGAGGUAGUUGAAUGUUUUAAUUCAUCAGCGCGGCCUCAGAGUCAUGCUUCUGAGUUCAAACCAGUUUUUACUGAACCUUUACAUUCACCUGGCUUAAAAAAAAUCAGUGCAUGAAAUACUUCGGUUGUAUUUUCUGGUUAUUUUGUUGUUUAUCUUAAAGGCAUACUAUGCAGGAAUUGUUGCUUAUUUUGUAAACACAUUUAAACUUCGCCUCCUCCCAGGCUUAAGGAAAGUGAAAGCAAACCUCAUAUUUACUCUUGUUUUGGAACAACCUUUGUCCACUAGCCAUUUUUGCCUAGCUAUAGCUGCGUUUUUUUUUCCGGAGCUGUGUCUGCUAUUUUUAUAAUUUGGGGUGACGCCCAGAAACAUCCCGAACACAGCAAAAAUGAGAAGAACAGAGAAAAUAAAGGCAGAGAGCAGGGUCUCUGCAGAUAUAGACACGCCAAACACUUUUAGUUGGUCAUAAGUGAACAAUUAGAGGGAUUAUUUUUGUACAAGUCUUUACAUUGCUUUUCUUAUUUACUUUAGUUCUCUUGAUUUUAUAGUUAAAGUGCAAAGGCCAAGUGCAGGAUCUGCCGUGCGUGCAUGUAAAGUCUUUUUAUGUUUUAGUCCUUGGUUCACCUGCAGGAGGAGCUGUGGCUCGCUGCAGCCUCUCUGGAGCAGAAGAGAGAGAUCCCUCUUUUUCUCCUUCAGUGGCAUGAAUAAUAUCCCCAGUGCUGGAGAGAGAGCAUAUCAAGAGGCAAACGGGAAGGGGAGAGAGAUAGCAGCAGCCAGUGUGACAGAUAAGAGCGUGGCAGAACUUGUCUCCCUGACUGCACCGUGGGGCUGGGGAAAGAGAGAGCAAGUGCACCAGAGUGUCAGGCAAGGCUGCUGCCUGCACACACACAAACACACUCACACAGACACACACACUCAAAGACAGACCCCUCAGCCCGGCUUCACCAGAAGAGGUUCAGAGAGAAGACUGACCUCAAGAAGAGGAGUUGUGUGUUUCCCCUCUAGAAGAACUUGCCUCGUGUUUACAGCCUGCGGGAGGAUGGAGAAGCUGUCAGGGAAAGACAAGGAGCUGAUACGAGGCAGCUGGGAGAGCCUGGGCAAGAACAAAGUUCCUCAUGGUGUCAUCAUGUUUUCCAGACUGUUUGAACUGGACCCGGCGCUCCUCACUCUUUUCCACUACACCACAAACUGUGGCUCCACACAAGACUGCCUCUCCAGCCCAGAGUUCCUGGAACAUGUCACCAAGGUGAUGCUGGUGAUCGAUGCAGCUGUCAGCCACCUGGACGACCUUCACUCGUUGGAGGACUUUCUGCUCAACCUCGGGAGGAAGCAUCAGGCAGUGGGAGUCAACACACAGUCAUUUGCUGUGGUGGGUGAAUCCCUUCUCUACAUGCUGCAGUGCAGCUUGGGCCAGGCCUACACGGCACCGCUGCGUCAAGCCUGGCUCAACAUGUACAGCAUCGUGGUAGCAGCCAUGAGCCGAGGAUGGGCCAAGAAUGGCGAGGACAAGGCGGACUGAGGCGCACAGCGGGAGCUGCUGAGCAGUUGCUGUCAAAUCACUCGACAUGGUUGCCAUGGAAUAAGGUUGUGUAACUUGCAGCAUUGUGGCUUUGGCUGCUGUACAUUUGCUCUGUGAGUGAGGGGGCAUAGCGUAGCAAAUGUAUGGUGUGGUCACACUUUACAAUUGGAAUCGACCAAUUGCAGAGUUUAUUUUCUUUGCUGUGGAUGUUUAGCUGCCAGACAAUGCUGCUGUACAGCUGUGAGGAUCUGAGCCAGCCUGCUUUGGUUCUUCUAAGUCUGGACCUGUAAUCUGAGCGCCUCGCACUGAGAAAAGCAACAACUGUUGAGUCUCUUUGUAUAUAAUGGUUUGAUAUAUCUACUCAAAUAACAGUGACUGUAGUGGUCUUUGUGAUGUAUCUUAAAAGAGUUACACAAUUGUGAAACACUAGAUAUUCUAUUUAGGCAUCACACACUACUAAACUGUGAUGGUAACUGUGGCCAGCACGGCAGCUCUCUAUCUAACUGGAUCACAGUGAUACUUUACAAACAUGUUACAAGUUUUGUGACGAAGCAGUGUGAUUUUACAGAAGAGAAUCCUAUCACCUUGAUCAUAAUCAUAACUGUGUUUUCUAUUGAUCUUUCACAUCAUUAUUUUUGUGCGUGACUUUAACAUUUAACCUAUUGAUUUAGAAUGAUACUCAAUAGAUACUGACUAGAACUGUUACACUCUCUGAUAGCUCUCUUCAGAGAUCUGACUGUUAAGGCGUCUAUGUGCACCUUACUCAACACGGUGUGUGAUGCUCUCCUCAGUGGAGGUUGUGAUUAUUUCAAUAGGCUUCAGCUGACUGUUAAACUCUAACUAAAACUAAUAGACUGUUAUGUUAACUCUCUAGGGCAUCUUUGAGGAAAUAUAAAAUCCUUGUUUCUUGACUAUAAGUUUCCAGUCAUUGUUCGUGUGAAGUAGUUUUCUUGUACUGUAUUUCAGUAAUGCUUAUUAACCAUGUUAACAAAUGUAGUAUCACCUCAGCUCUAGAGGUGAAGAUGAGUGUGUUUGUCCGACACAGAGCUUUGACAUGGAAGUGAAUAUUUAUUUUGGAUUAAGAAAGAAAAACAAACUCAAUGAAUGAUUUUUUUUCUUUGAAUUUAUUGCAGAAGAUACUGUGUGCUGACACUGUCCAAUAUGUGUGCGUUAUUAUUAUUAUUGCUGCCAUAACACUGUAUGUAUCAUCCUCAGCUGUUAUUGACAUUCAUGCUCAUAAUGCCAAGUAACUUAGCAACAGGGCGCCAAGUAUUAGAUAAUAACACCAUACAACUGUAAAUCCAAGCUGCUGAUAUGUGGUUAUUAUCGCUUUAGUCUGAGUUUACAUUUAUAAAGUUUAUUUUUAUAUUCUGAAAUGUAUUUGUUGUUAAAGAACAUUGCGUUUUCUUUUCAAAUAUGAUAUAACAGAUAUAUUACCUUGUGUGGACUUUUAGUUAAUCAAACCAAACAGGCAAAUGUUCUGCUUUUUGUCGGGUUUCACUUUAUCAUAGAGAUAUAUAAGAUCAACCUAUAUGUGUGCAGUCCUUACAGAAAAUUAUAAAGUUUUCUAUUGAGCUAUUUUAUCCCUGCAUAGACUGUCUGUACUUUAAAGCCCACAGGUGUAAUGUUUAAUAACUGUGUAUGUGGUGUAUUUAUAGUGAUUCUUUUCUUAGUAUCAGUACACAGCCCUAUGCAGGUUGUUCUUCUCCAUGUCUCUGUUUUCAGCUACCUGAUAUUAGGUCUUUUUAGCAGGCAUGACUGAUCCAGCUCUGUACAUAUUGGGUGUGUCACUGUCUACCUCAUCAUUAUCAGCUGCUAUUGAACAGCGAUGACUUCACCUAGUUAUCCUUCAACCAAAAAACGCACAGUAUUAUUAGAGUUAAUGCAAGCACGCACUCUUUGUAAACUGGAUUUCAUCCUAAACAUGUUGUGUGCUUACUUGAGACUAAAUAAAGUGAUCUCCUGUGGAUAUUUUA